CUCAGACCCCAGAGCCAGGAGGAGUGAGAACCCUGACCCCUAACCCCACUGCAUCCAGCCAAUAGGAGCCCAGCCACCAUGGCGGAGCUGCAGGAAGUGCAGAUCACGGAGGAGAAGCCGCUGUUGCCAGGGCAGACACCCGAGGUGGCCAAGACUCACUCUGUGGAGACACCGUAUGGCUCUGUCACUUUUACUGUCUAUGGCACCCCUAAACCCAAACGCCCAGCGAUACUCACCUACCAUGAUGUGGGGCUCAACUAUAAAUCCUGCUUCCAGCCGCUGUUUCAAUUUGGGGAUAUGCAGGAAAUCAUUCAGAACUUCGUGCGGGUUCAUGUGGACGCCCCUGGAAUGGAAGAGGGUGCUCCCGUGUUCCCUCUGGGGUAUCAGUACCCAUCUCUGGACCAGCUUGCGGACAUGAUCCCUUGCAUCCUGCAGUACCUAAAUUUCUCCACAAUAAUUGGAGUUGGUGUUGGAGCUGGGGCCUACGUCCUGUCGCGAUAUGCUCUUACCCACCCGGAUACUGUUGAGGGUCUUGUCCUCAUCAACAUCGAUCCCAAUGCCAAGGGCUGGAUGGACUGGGCGGCUCACAAGCUAACAGGCCUCACCUCUUCCAUUUCGGAGAUGAUCCUUGGACAUCUUUUCAGCCAGGAAGAGCUGUCUGGAAAUUCCGAGUUAAUACAAAAGUAUAGAAAUAUCAUCGCACAUGCCCCCAACCUGGACAACAUCGAACUGUAUUGGAACAGCUACAACAACCGCCGAGACCUGAACUUUGAGCGUGGAGGCGACAUCACCCUCAAGUGCCCUGUGAUGCUGGUGGUAGGAGACCAAGCACCCCAUGAAGAUGCAGUGGUGGAAUGUAACUCAAAACUGGACCCCACUCAGACUUCCUUCCUCAAGAUGGCUGACUCCGGAGGUCAGCCCCAGCUGACUCAGCCAGGCAAGCUGACGGAGGCCUUCAAGUACUUCCUGCAGGGCAUGGGCUACAUGGCCUCAUCCUGUAUGACUCGCCUGUCCCGGUCUCGCACAGCCUCCCUGACCAGUGCAGCAUCCGUUGAUGGCAACCGGUCCCGUUCUCGCACGCUGUCCCAGAGCAGCGAGUCUGGGACUCUCCCUUCAGGGCCCCCGGGGCACACCAUGGAGGUCUCCUGUUGAAUGACCCUUGUUGCCCUGGUGUGGGACCCAGCCCUCACCUCCCCCAGCACUAACCUGGGAGGUGCAGAGAGCACUGGGCCAGAGUGACCAAGGGAAGAUGGGCAGAUCAUGUGGGGAGACGACCUUGAUCUUUGAUUGCUACCUUAACCUUGACCUCUAACCUGUGAUUCCCCUCAGCUCCUGGGAGAGAGGUCCUAAUAUCUCUUAGGGACCCAGACCCAUAAAUUAUCCCUCUGUCUCAUUUUGGUGUUAAGAUGGAGAAGGCAUGUAUCCCCUCUCCCUAAUCCAGGUGUCUGUAGCUAAGGGAUAUAGGAGGUUGUUGUCGUCUGCGGGGCCCCCACCAGACUCUCCCUUCACAUCUCGUAUUGCAAGAGUAAGGGGCUUGGGUCUGGGGCUCCACUCACCAAAGCUGAUAUGGCUUCUCAUGAAUCCUUCAGCCAUCUGAAGGGUCUGGGCCUAAACGAAUGUGUGACGGGGAGGCUUGCUGGUGGGUUAGUGGUCCUCAGGAUGUGACUGAAACAUUCAGUGUGGAAACGGAAGUUGGAAUGGGAGGAGGUAGGCAGUGAACCAGCAGGCGGGAGGGGUUGGAGCUGGGCAGUAGGAGGGGGCCUGGGGCCACUGGCUGCACUAACUUCAGUAGCUGUCUUGUACUGUGUGUCUAGAGUGGGGAGGGGGAGGGAGCCACGCUGGGCAGGGCUGCUUGGGGCUCGGCGUAGGUGUGGGAGGGGCUGCCUCGGGGCUCUGACCACAGUGUGUGCUGUGUGCAGGGUGCCCUCCUGUCUCCCACAACUGCUGUAACAAUAAACUGUAGAGGAAUCUGAGCACCGUAA